UUACUAUAGAAAUGUCUGCCGACAUGUCCUAUAUAUGUCGAAAACACGAGUAACGAGUUAAUAAACACGAGAAUAAAUAAUAUAUAUACACAUUAACGGACACUGUUUUUUUACAUGAAAUAUUUAAAUAAAAAUUAAUAAAAUAAAAGAACAAAUUUAUUUGUUAAAAUGAAUACAAUUGUGUAUAAUAGAACGAUGAUUGCUGUUAAUUCUAACCUCAUACGAAGAUGUUACUGUACAAAGCACUGGUGUCUGAAUCAAAAACUCCUGUACCCUCCAAUAACGAAAUUAUCAGCAAUUUUCCCCGCACCGUCAUCCUCAAACUACAUGUUAAAUCCACCAUCUUCCCUCCCGGCUUCGUUGAGUAGCCUCCAAAUCCGUGAUUUUCACCUUCUGACGGCUCUCCGUGCCCAAGAGCCCUCAUCAAAGGUGGAAGAAACAGUAAAACGCCUGAAAGAAGAACAAGAAGACAAAGAAAAGUCCGUCCCUGCAGUAGAAACCGCUGAAAAAGCAUUAGCAGAAAAGCGAACAAUCUGGCAAAAAGUAAAAGCUGAAUUGCUUCACUAUUACCACGGCUUCCGUCUUCUUGGUCUUGACAUGAAGAUAGCUUUCAAACUAGUCGUAAGGAUGUUACAAGGCCACGAGCUGACACGUCGUGAGCAUCGUCUUCUUGUGAAGACGACCGGUGAUAUGUUCCGCUUGAUUCCUUUUUCAGUUUUUAUAAUCGUCCCUUUUAUGGAAUUCUUACUGCCUGUUUUCAUAAAAUUCUUUCCGGGAAUGUUGCCGUCAACUUUCCAAACAGCGACAGACAAAGAGAACAAAUUGAAGCAAGCGCUGAAAGUAAAGAUAGAAAUGGCGAAGUUUUUACAAAAAACUUUGGACGAAAUGGCUGUCCAGUCUUCGGAUCACCGAUCAGUAACAGCUAAAGAAUUUUCCGAAUUUUUUUGCAAAUUGCGUUCUACUGGAGAAGUUGCUUCCACGGAAGACAUAAUGAAGUUCUCAAAAUUGUUUGAAGAUGAAAUAACUCUUGAUUCAUUAUCCCGGCAGCAAUUAGUAGCGCUGUGUCGGGUAUUGGACACCCAGACUCUAGGUACCAGCAAUUUCUUGCGAUUCUUGUUGAGAAUGAAAUUGAGAAACCUGGCUGCUGAUGACAGAGUAAUUGAAAAGGAAGGAGUUGAAACUUUGACAAGAGCUGAGCUUCAACAGGCUUGCCGAGCUCGUGGUAUGCGAGCGUAUGGAAUGCCUGAGAACAGGCUACGUGAUCAGUUGAACCAGUGGCUGGAUUUGAGCAUCCACAAGAAGGUUCCACCUUCGUUGCUGCUGCUUUCCAGAGCUAUGAUGAUCCCAGACACUAUCCCAAUGUCCGACAAACUCAAGGCGACCAUUUCAGCGCUGCCUGAUGAUGUCUUGGCGAGAACAAAGGGUGCCAUUGGAGACAAGGAAGGUAAAGUUGAUCACAGGACCAACAUUGAGAUCAUCAAACUUGAGGAGAAGAGAAUUGAGGAAGAAAGACAGGAGCAGAAGGCUCAGGAAGCUCCGGAACCUGUUGUUCAGGAGAAUGAAAAGGUUCCUGAGAUAACUACGACUGAUGUUAAAGUUCUGGAGCAGGCUCUGGACUCGAUUGGUCAGGAGAAAAAGAUGGCUGUUGAGAAGGAAGAGUUGAAGGAACUCAAGGAAGAAAUGGCUGAGUAUGUUGAGGACAUUCAGGAGUUGGAUGAAAUCAAGGCUGAGGCCAAGAAAGUUGGAGGCAGUGAAAUUGAGGAUCUCAAGGUUUCCAAGGGAGCUAGUAGAUUGUAUAAGAAGGUCAAUAAGAUGAUUAGUAAAAUGGAUAAGGUGCUCGAGGAGUUGGAGGUUGAGGAGAAACAGGUUAAGGAGAAGAUUGAGGGGUUGAAGCAUGAGGAGAAGAACGUUGAAGGCGAUGUUGUCGAGGAGUUGGUUAGGAUUGAUGAACUUAUUGCUGCGAUUAAGAACAUUCAGAGUGUUCCUGAUGAUGAGAAGUUGAAUAGGAUGCAGGAAAUUUUGGGAGAAAUUGAUGUAGACAGAGAUGGUGCUAUUAAAAUCGAGGAUGUUCUUAAAGUAAUCGAGUUAAUAGGCAAAGAUGACAUAAAACUGAACAAAAAGCAAAUGAACGAAUUAAUAAAACUAAUGGAAAAAGAAGAAGUCCUGGAAGUUGAAGAUCAAAUCCAAAAAGCUUUGCUGAAAGAAAGCAAAGAAUCAAAACUGAGUACCACCACCACUACCAGUAAAUCAACUGUACCAGCAACACCAGUAGCUAAAGCAGAGAAAAUCUCUGAAGAGGGUUUCAUCAACGAGAUACCAGAGAUUUCAGUCAAGGCUACCGACGUAGCCAAUGAUGUUUGCCAGCCAUCAAAAUCUGUGAAAAAUGGUAAAAAUAAAAUAAGCACUAAAGAGAAAAAAAGCGAUCCAGAAGAACUGAAGGAUCCAGCGCCGAUCAUCACAGAUUCAAUUGACAAAACGAUUUCAUCGACACCUCCGGUCACAUCGACAGUACCUCCGCCAAAAACAAAAAAACUAAAAGAUUAAAAUAUCGCUACGUGUUUCAUGUGGAUAAUAGAAAUAGAAAAACGGAUUUUAUUUAUUAAUUUUCAAGUUAUGGAUCUGGAUUGAGGUAAUUUUCUAUUUACAUUUUUUGGUUGUAAAAUUAAUCAGUUAAAUUGAAAUUACGUUGGAUCGUUAUCAUUCCGUAAUCUUUAAACAGUUUAAAUUUUUUAUGGAGUCAUUAAUACUUCAGAAAAAUCACUGGUUAAUUUUUUUUUUUAUUCUUUUAAAUAUAAUAAAUAAAAGCAUUUGUAAUGUCUUUUUUGUUACGCUAAAAAAUGCAAUAGUCAAUUUUUUAAUUGAAGUGAAUGAACAAGUCAACGCACUGGUAUCUCGAAAGAGAUAAUUGUACAAUUGUAAUAAAUAAAUGUAUUAAUGUUAUUAUUAUUGCUAUUAAUAAAUAUUAAUAAAUUAAA